AUGGAGCGCUGGGCGGCGGCCGCCGCUGCUGCGGGCUGGCCGGGCUGGGCCGGGUUGUGGGAGGCCUCGUGGGCCCGCUGGCCGACCUGGGAGCUGCUGGCCGCCUGCGCGGUGAUCGGCGCCCUAGGCUGGAUGCUGCGCUUGCUGGAGAGGAGGCCCGGCGGCCGGCGCCGCUGCCAAGGCCCCGCACCUGCCGCCCAGGGGGCCUCCUCGUCCGCCGCCGCCUCGACUGCUCCGCCGCCUGCUGCCGAGGAGAAGCAGCGCUGCCGCGGGAGCCCCCACCAAGGUGAGAGGGAGAGACGCCCCACAGACCUCUCUGCUCCUGCGGCUUCUUCUUAUAGCAUGUGCACAUUUGGCAUCUGAGAAUCAGGGCUUUCUUGUGGGGAAAGGAAGGAGGGAUCUCUGAACGAUUAUAUAUAUAUAUAUAUAUAUACAGUAUAUGUGUGUGUGUGUGUGUGUGUGUGUAUAUAUAUAUAUAUAUAUAUAUGUAUCUCGUUUUGGCUCUGUAGCCAAAUAAGUAGCUAAUCUUAUGAUCCCUGGUGUGCGUGGGGAGUCCGUGCUUUGCAACAACUGGCAACAAAUGCGAUGGUGUUUUUUUCCUUCUCAAAGUACAUUUUAAUACAGUGGUACCUCGGGUUACAUACGCUUCAGGUUACAGACGCUUCAGGUUACAGACUCCGCUAACCCAGAAAUAGUACCUCGGGUUAAGAACUUUGCUUCAGGAUGAGAACAGAAAUCGUGCUCCGGCGGCACAGCAGCGGGAGGCCCCAUUAGCUAAAGUGGUGCUUCAGGUUAAGAACAGUUUCAGGUUAAGAACGGACCUCCAGAACGAAUUAAGUACUUAACCUGAGGUACCAUUGUAUUUUGUUUUCCUUCAUAGAUUUAAUAGUCAUUUAAGAUUGUCCUUGUCUCCUGUGACGUGGCUCUGGUUUUAUGUUUUCUUUAUUUCCCCCCUGGUGGUUUUUCUUAAGUUUGUAUGACGCAAAAAAGCCCUAAGCGUUGGUCUUAAGAAAUAGUAGGAUGGAUUAUAUCAGGCAUCCCCAAACUCGGCACCCUCCAGAUGUUUUGGGACUGCAAUUCCCAUCAUCCCUGACCACUGGUCCUGUUAGCUAGGGGUGAUGGGACUUGUAGUCCCAAAACAUAUUGAGGGCCGAGUUUGGGGGUGCCUGAAUUAUAUGGUGGUUUUGUUUUUGUGUGUGUCCCAUUUGUUAUUUGUAGGCCUUUGGGCAAUAGAGGCCUUCAAGGCGGGGUACAAAACAAAUGCAGAUACAUAUUGGGUUAGAUCAUAGACACGUUGAAAAUGAUGAAUUUAAGUUCGCCAUGGCUAACAAUUGAUUUUAGUAUGAUUACUGGAAGUAUGGCCUAGUUAAAACUCGGUAAUAAUAAUAGUGACAUAAAUGUGUAUGGUAUUUAACAAAGCGCAAGAGUGGAAAUCCUUUUAACGUGAGAAGUAAGCAGGAGAAAGAGCAGAGGAAGCUGUGUGGAGACUGGCGUAAGCAUAUACCAUGCAGAUUAUGUGGAAAUAACAUGCAGUUUUAAUUAAUCAAGAACGUAAUGUUGUCUAACCUUACUUUUAAUUUGUGUCUAGUAUUUAGCAUAAUUCUCAUAGUAGUUGUCAUGUUGGAGAUGAGUGUCAUUAUAUUGUUACAUGCCACUCCAAUCUCUGCCCAGUGAUAACAAGAUUCCAGGGGGUCCCAAGCACCCACUCAGCGUUGUGUGCCAGUGGAAAUCAAGGCACAUCAGAGUCUGCAGUGUCUAGGAAAUAUGGUUUAUUCACACACAUUUACACCUGAAGCCUGCAGUGGAGGGGGGCCCAGAACGUUAUACCUCAAGAGUGUCUUGUGGCUCCUCUCAUAGCUUCAGCAAGACUGGGUCCAGCAGUCAGUCUUGGCCCCCUGCUCUCUCGGUGCAGUUUCUCCCAGCCAGUGCACAUGGAGUUCUGUCCAGUUUCCUUCUUGUUCCCAGAACACCUUGCCAAAACCCUCUGUGUAAAAACCCCUCAGUUACCUGUAGGCUCUUUGACUUGAUGGCUUUUGCUGUGGGUUAAUGUCAAGGCCAUCCUCUCCCUUUGUCAUUCUGUCUGGCAAAAAAACAAGCUCAGCCUGUCUACUCUGAUUAAACCCCAGCACCCAAGAAUCGGGGGGGACGGGGGGACGGACGACCUGAGAGAACAAGUGAGAGAACUAGGGAUAGGGAGGAGAAAAAUACUUUACCCUGCUCAUUUAGGUCUAAUAACUUGAGAUUUCAAGCUGUCAGAAAUUUAUCUCACUAAAGUUGAUGAGUUUGUACAGCAUAGCCUGUCUUAUCACAGCCUGUAGUCUCAUAUUUUCUCUCUUGCACUUCUUUCUUGAUGUUCCACUUGAUUUCUUUAAUAUUUCUCAGUUUUCCUACUUAAACAUUUAGAUUUUUGUUUUUUAGUCUCACCCAGCCAGUUGUUGCAGAUUUCUUAAUUUCUUUUUUUAAAGAAUUUUGUUUUAAGCCUGCAGAUGUACUCACCUUGACCUAAUAUAUAUUUUGGGCACUUUUUAUAAAUAAGUGUGGAUGAUUCUUCCCCCAAAUUGAUGUACAUCCCUAUGUAAAGAGAUCUGUAUUUAUAGUUACACCUCUAUUAAUACAUCUGAACUGUCGCUGCAAGCCUGCCUACUCCUGGGAACAUUCCACUUGCAGAGUAAUUGCCUACUCAUCAAUACAUUUAUUAAGAUGAAUUCCAGCUGCCAGCACUGACUCACAGUUUGGGAGUCUUUUCUAUCACACAUGGAGUUCUUAUUGACAUGAAUACUUUAUUGAGACUCUUUAAAUGUAAAAACCUUGCCCAGAAAAGUUAGCUCAGAUCUCAACCUGCUCUUCCUUACCAUAUUUCUUUUCCCUUUGCUCUUAAAUAUAUUUUUUCUUGUAUGGGGCAUGCCACCUACACUGUUUUACUCAAAUAUUGUAUUUUGAGUUUUCCACAAUAUUUUUCUACUUUUGUUUUUAGGCAGAUAAGAAUUGCCUUUAUCCUUGAGGUGCUCGGAAAAAGUGCAGUGGAAUAUUACUCAAGAGUGCUGUACCUUGAUUAUGUUGUUGGAAUAUACCUUAUACCAACUGGCACAAUGUUUGGUAGAACAGAGGUGAUGCUUUUCACCAGGGGUCAGCAAACUUUUUCAGCAGGGGGCCGGUCCACUGUCCCUCAGACCUUGUGGAGGGCCGGACUAUAUCUCCUUAUCCCUUUUGCCGCUGAAGAGGUACCCACACUUUAAAAAACAACUCAGCCUCUUAGAACAAGGAAACAGAAUAAAAUUUUCCUCUCUUUCCUAGCAAUCAUAUCAGUUGGCAAAAUCCUCUGUUUUAUUUCUGUCAGAUUCCUGUUUCCUGCUCUCUUCCAUUUUUUUGCUCAUUUUUUCUCCGUUAGUUGUUUCACCUCCAAAACUCAGGUCCUCAUUUCUUUACAAUCCACAGCCAUCCACUCUAAAUAUUAACCCUUUUCUCUCAGCCUUCCCUCAAAAUAUCUUACCUGAUCUCUUCUGAUUUUUACCUAAACACUUUCCAAAAGCCCCAUUACCCAAACUCCUUUAUUACCACCACAACCUCCCUUUCUCUUACUAUAAAGCCAGCACCUUCUGUCAAGAGCUUGGGUGUAACCUUCCACGCUUCCCUUUCCAUGGAGGCACAGGUUGCAGCCACAGCAAAGGUGGCAUUUUUCCAUCUCCGCCAUAUCAAGCAGUUGGUCCCUUACCUUUCUCACCCUGAUCUGGCCACAGUGAUCCAUGCGACGUUUACCUCCAGGCUUGAUUAUUGUAACUCGCUCUACGUGGGGCUGCCCUUGAAGCUGACCCAGAAACUCCAGCAGGUGCAGAAUGCCGCGACGAGGCUCCUAAUGGGAUCACAUUCAUCCUGUGCUUUACCAGCUGCACUGGCUCCCGGUGGAGUACAGGGUCAGGUGUAAGGUGCUGGUUUUGACCUUUAAAGUCCUAUGCGGCCUAGGACCCGCGUACCUACGGGACCGCCUCUCCUGAUAUGCCCUGUGGAGGACCUUAAGGUCCACAAAUAACAACACUUUGGAGGUCCCAAGCCGCAAGGUGGUUAGAUUGGUCUCAACUAGGGCCAGGGCCUUUUCAGUACUGGCCCCGACUUGGUGGAACGCUCUUGUCACAAGAGACUAGGGCCCUGCGGGACUUGACAUCUUUCCGCAGGGCCUGCAAGACAGAGUUGUUCCGCCUGGCCUUUGGUUUGGACUCAGUCUCACCCAUAUGUUUCCCUCCCCUUAUGGUUUUGAUUUAUGGGCUACUAUUAAAAUGAGACUGCAUUUUAAAUAGUAUUUUAAGCCGUAUUUUACUAAACUGGUCCCCCCCCAUAUUAUGUUUUAUUGUAAUUUUAUUGGUGUUGGCCGCCCUGAGCCCGGCUCUGGCCGGGGAGGGCAGGGUAUAAAUUAUUAUUAAUAAUAAUAAUUCACCCAUGAUCUAUCCUCUUCUGAUAGCACCACCAGCCAGCAUCCUCACCCACCUACUUUCCCUGACUUCAUCCUAGUUUUCCUAAAUAAUUCAUAGGAAUUCUUCUAACAAGAACUCUUAUACAGUGGUACCUCUGUUUACAAACUUAAUCCGUUCCGGAAGUCCGUUCUUAAACCAAAACCAUUCUUAAACCGAGGUGCACUUUCCCUAAUGAAGCCUCCUGCUGCUGGUGCCCUUCAACUGUUCAGCUUCCGUUCUGAGACCAAAGUAAAGUUCGCAAACCGGGACACUACUUUCAGUUUUGCGGAGUUCAUAAACUGAAUAGUUUGUAAACAGGGCUGUUCUUAAACUGAGGUGCCACUGUAUUUGGUUUUAAUUCUCCUAAACUCAGACUAGUAUUUGCAUGCUUACUGAUUUUGUCUAAUAUUUUCUUAGUAAAUUCCCUUUUGAGACAAGUUAAUUCCCUCUUGAUAGAAUAAAUUCACAUUUGCUUCUCAUCUGUCCUCUGUGUUAACUCUUGGGGUGCCAAACUCUGGAGAGUGACCAGGUCUCAAUGCAAAAGACCCCUAGAAUUGAGUGUCAUAUUGCAUGUGAGAAUUGCAGGCUUGUGUAUUAAUUGCACACCCUCCAUAACACAAUCUUAUGCCAGGAGAGUCAGUUUACUUUGAAUGUUAAUAAGUAGCUAAUCUGUUUGAAAUUAUUCACUGGGAACGUGGGCAGUAAGUUUGUUGUGACCUAAAAAUAGAGGCAGUAGGUUAAAUGGUUGAGUAUAUUUGAUGUUCUUAUCCCACUGAAAUAUUCUAUUUAUUCUAAUCUAUUUUAAAACUUCUUCCAGUUUUCCUUUUAUGGUUGAAUUCUUGGAUCUGCUUCAUUCUCUUUUUAAGUAGAAGAGCAGACGUGGAUCUAAAGCUUCCUGCCAGAUGCUUAAUGACUAAGUACUGAAAUGGUGCUCAAUAUUCUUGCUGCUAGCAUUAGUCAGUGUUUCUCAAACAUGGGUCUUCAGCUGUUGUUGGACUACAACUCCCAUCAUCCCUAACCAUUUGUCCUGCUAGCUUGGGAUAAUGGGAGCUGUAGUCCAACAACAGCUGGAGACUCAAGUUUGAGAAACAGUGCGUGUAGUUAGUAUACAAGAGGAACAGUCUCCCUUGGGAGGUUGUGGACUCUUCAAGGUUUUUAAGCAGAGGUUGGAUGGCCAUCUGUCAAGGAUGCUUUAGUUGAGAUUCCUGCAUUGCAGGAGGUUGGACCAGAUGAUUCUUGGGGUCCCUUCCAACUCUACAAUUAUAUGAAGUUACAGAGUAAAUUGUUUGAGGCUGGAAUUUAUAUAUUUGAAUACACAGGUUUCCUAAGAGGCUCUUACUGAAUCAUAGCUUUGAAUUCUGUAAGUUAUUGACAGUAGCUAUAUAUGAAAAGGGACGCGGGUGGGGCUGUGGUCUAAACCACAGAGUCUAGGACUUGCCGAUCAGAAGGUUGGCGGUUCGAAUCCCCACGACGGGGUGAGCUCCCGUUGCUCGGUCCCUGCUCCUGCCAACCUAGCAGUUCGAAAGCACAUCAAAGUGCAAGUAGAUAAAUAGGUACUGCUCCAGCGGGAAGGUAAACGGCGUUUCCAUGCGCUGCUCUGGUUCACCAGAAGCGGCUUAGUCAUGCUGGCCACAUGACCCGGAAGCUGUACGCUGGCUCCCUCGGCCAAAAAAGCGAGAUGAGCGCCGCAACCCCAGAGUUGGCCACGACUGGACCUAAUGGUCAGGGGUUCCUUUAACUUUACUAUAUAUAAAAAAACCACUGUUUUAAAUAUUUCCCUGUAAAAAUUUGAAAUUAUUAGGAAAUAUUACAAAACUGGGGAAGGGGUUAAUACUGGGGUUUCUGUCUUAGUGCUGUACCCCUCUACUGAAUUAGAAUCAUAGCAUUGUAGAGUUGAAAGGGACUCUUGAGGGUCAUCUAGUCCAACUCCUGCAAAGAGGAAUCUUUAGCCCAGUGCAGGGCUCGAACCAGCAAUCCUGAAAUUAAGUCUCAUGCUUUACCAAUGGAGCCAUCCAGCUACAUUUGCUAAUCACAUAUUUGCCUUGUUGAUAGUAAACAUUUGUAAACUUGAGAGCUUACAAAGUUUUAACAUUACAUAGUGUGUUUAAAUUUAGUUGCACGGUGCUAUUAUCUUCCCACACAAUGCACAUGAUUGAGAUAAGAUGUAUUUCAAAGUUUUCUUUGUAAUCUGAACCUUUGCAUUCAGAACAGAAUUGCAAGUGUAAUAAACAAAAUCUGCCCUUAUUCUCUUAUGGAGGACACAAGAGCCCUUAUAGAAUCCUUUGUAGGUUCCCCAUCGGUAGGAGAAAAUAACAGAGGCCAACCAGAGAAUAUUGAGAAGCAAAGUAGCUAGUAAGCCUGAUUGGCAUGAAAUAUUCUUAAGAGUUGCUUUGAGCAAUGCUUACCAUACACCUGGGUUUAUUAAGAUACUUCAGCUGCAAAGGGGGCCAGGCGCCCAAAACAGAUACAGGAGAGUGCUGGAGUGGUGUAAAUUCUCCCCUUGCAUUUCUAGGUAGUGCAUUGAUCUGCCCAGCAAGCACCUUAUCAACCCUUCUCUUCCCAGUUGGUGCAGCUAUCCACUAGUGUGAGAACCUAGUAUCUAACUUUGGAGACUUUGGUUUUCUGUACACUGUUUCAACCUGCACCAUCAGCUAGACUAGUCUCAGCGAGAGCCAAGCUAAGCAACCCUUGGGAGAAGAUUUGAACGUCAUGGGGCCAACCACCUCUGAGGAAGGUAUUAAUGAAUGAACAGGUUCACAUGCAAGCAAGUGUUCCUCCUUUAGGGAUUUAAAAACUUACCAUAGGGUUCACACAGCCCCUAUUUCCCCUUUACUUUUCACUCGCCUAUUCUUUGAUAACAAUGAGCUGACUUAUUAGGAGAAAUUGCUCUUCAGUAUUUGAGCCCUCAAAGCUAAUAAUCUGUUUGGUUGUCUUUUCAUUUGGUGGUGGUUGUUUUUUCUCUCUAGGAACGGUAACAAUGGAUGCAAUUUUAUCACGAUUAAAGCAGCUAACUUCUGAUGAGCUCAGAGAAGAGAUCGUUAAAGCUGGACAGAAAUGUGGGCCUCUUACACUUACAACGAGAUCAAUUUUUGAAAAAAGAUUGGCCCAGGCACUAUUGGAACAGCAAGGAGAAUUAGAGGCAGAAACCUCGCUUUUGAAUGGUGUACUUGGAACUGCUGCAGCUGAUGCCAGCCAACUGCAAACAAAGAAACCUUCAAGGAAUCAAAAUGGUCACAUAGGGUCCUCUGAGGAUGGCGAUUUUGGGUACAGUAUGGGUUUGAACCCCCCAGAAGAGGAAGCCCUAAUGCACAAGGCAGACAAUGAUUCUCUGAUCAGUUCUCAGACUCCAUCUAAGGAGCCUCUGCUAUACUAUGGUGUAUGUCCGGUUUAUGAUGAUAUAUUGGCAAGAAAUGGUAAUUUAUUUUUAUUUUUACCACUGCAGUGUAGUUAAAGAUCAAGUUAAGCAAAUGUACCUUUCAUGGAGGAAAAAGGGUGCUAUUGGAGAAUAGUAAUUGUGGUUAAUUUAUUUUACAGAUUAGUUAUUUAAAAUGUAUACCCCACUCUUUUAUAAAAUGUCCAGGGUGGCCAGCAUUUAAAUUUUUUAAAAGUGCAAAAAAACAGAAUCAUGUGUUCUUUCAUAUAGCCUUUUCAUGUAUUUCUAGCUUUAGUUUUUUUCUAUAUUCAUUAUUACUGUAGAAGAGUUUGUUGGUAAUCUACCAAUAAGCAUUCCAUUGGGAAGUAAAUUGAAAGGAAAUUCUUGCAAUUAAGCAGUUUUCAAUAGGUACUGCAAGCCGAUGAUAGAAACUAAGAUGAAAGCUAGGAGCUAAAUGGCACCUUAAACCUAAGUUAUGGGCACAACAAGAGUGUCUAGGCGCGCUUUUUUUUGUAACAAGAAUACAAAGCUGAAAAUUAAUGAACUGCAGCUAAAAUAUUAUGUUCAUUUUUCACAUGGUCUAGUCCUUCCCCUGCCCACCCCCUAAUAUUAUUAAGAGGGUCUUUUCUCCAGUCUUCAGAGAAUACCGUAUUUUUCGCUCUAUAAGACGCACCAGACCAUAAGACGCACCUAGUUUUUGGAGGAAGAAAACAAGAAAAAAAAUAUUCUGAAUCCCAGAAGCCAGAAUAGCAGGAGGGAUCGCUGCACAGCGAAAGCAGCGAUCCCUCUUGCUGUUCUGGCUUCUGGGAUAGCUGCGCAGCCUGCAUUCGCUCCAUAAGACGCACAAACAUUUCCCCUUACUUUUUAGGAGGGAAAAAGUGAGUCUUAUAGAGCAAAAAAUACGGUAGCUGGAAGUGGGGAGGCAGAAAGGGUCCUCCUUUCCUUCCACUCUGCAGUUUUAAUCUGAAAUCUUAGGCGCAGUACUACAUCCAGAGCUCAGAAAUUGCUUGCUGUAAUGAAAUUCCCUGUCGCAAAAUGCGCCUAAUACAGUGGGAGUUUCGAACACUGCUGCAAGCCUGAAACUAGAGAAUCUAAUGUUCUCUCUUUGAGGAAGCAUAAUCCCGAACAACCAAGGAUGACAUAACAGCUCUUGGGAUGCUCAAAACAUUUCAAGACUGAUCUCGGUUCCACCCUUACUUGGUAUGGGAUUAGAUUUGAGAUUAAGUAUUUAGGAGACUAAUGCUAUUUAUGGAGUCAGUCCUAGAAUAUACAGAUACUAUUUUUAAGCUGCAAGAAUACCAGAUGUGUACAAAUAUCAGAACUUCACUGAAGAAUUAGCCUACUUUAUCUCAAUAUAUUGUUAUUUUUUUAUUAUAGUAGCAGAGGAUAUUCUGGAUGGGAGUGGGAGAAUUCAUGCCAGGCAAUGUGAAACUGUGUUCAAUAAAGAUUUUUGACAGUGUCACAUUGAUGUAGUUUGGUAGGGAAUUUUUCAAAGGCUUGUCCUUUCUUUGCUUGCUGAUGAAAAAGUGUUUAGAGUUGCAUCAUAAUCAUGAUGAGAAUGAUUUGUAAUGAGCCAGAUUUGCAGCAUUAGUGCAAUCUUAUCACGAUUGUUCUCUUUCUCUGUAAGACCCCCAAAAUUUGGCAUAUUACUACAAAUUUGCUAUCGAAAAUGUAUAAGAAUUUAAGCCUCUUUUCCUGAAAGUAAUAUUCACCAAGCCAAUUUUGAACUCAUUUGAGCAUUUUCUCCUGCAGACUACCACGAUGGAAAUAAACUAAUUUGAUUUGUUUCUGUUCCAGAGAGGGUGCAUGUAUAUGAGGAUAAAAAGGAAGCCUUGCAAGCUGUUAAAAUGAUAAAAGGUUCAAGAUUUAAAGCUUUCACAAAUAGGGAAGAUGCAGAGAAAUUUGCCAAAGGCAUAUGUGACUAUUUCCCAUCUCCAAACAAGCCCUCCUUAUCUUUGUCACCUGUGAAAGUUUGUUCGGUGUUCAACAGAGGUAAGUGGAGGCUUUUAAAUGUUUUCCAAUUCUUUAACUACUUAAGUGGCUUUUGGAGUUGGGACUGUAAUUUAUACUUAAAAUACUGCCAGUGCUCUUCUAAAAUGUAGCUCUGAGAACUUUAUUCUGACAGGGAUCAUGUGAAUUCCUAAACUGGUUUAAAGCUUAUAAAUAUUCUUUAUUUCAAAAUUAAUGCUGAAGGAUCUGUUCUUAAUUUACCUGCCUAGAAGUUCUGAACAAUAGGUAUACAGAGUUUGCAUAUAAAAUAACCUGACACACUUUCAUGAGCAAAGAUCACAUCAUGAGUAGAAUACCAUUUUUAUUUUGAUAGACGGCUUAUGCUCUCCUGAGAUGGAAACAGUUAGUAAAGAGAGAGCCAACAGUUAUAAAAGUCCUCGUACGCAGGAUCUUACUGCCAAGCUUCGGAAGGCGGUUGAGAAAGGAGAUGAAACAGCAUUCUUGGAACUUAUCUGGAGUAAUCCUCGCUAUCUCAUUGGCUCUGGAGACAACCCGACAAUUGUUCAGGUGUGGGAAUGGUUUGGCCUUUGCCAAAACGAAGUUUGAAUUAAACCCUUUGCAUCCUUCCCCCAACUUGCUACUUCCAAGGGAAAUGGCUUCAAAACUCAUCUGCACAAGAGAUGGGCAUAGUGUUAGUUCUACAGUGUUUUUUUGUGCUGCUUCUGGAGUCUUUAUUUCAUGUAGAGUACCUUGGGGCUUCACUUUUAAAAAAAUGAUAUUGGGAGGGGGAGAGGAUUGAAAACGAAAUCAGUAAAAAAAAAUAUCUAAAUUUGCUGGCUGUUUUUGGAAAGUCUGUAGCCAAGAGGUGACUAGCUUUUGUGGCCCCACCUUCCAUCCCCUUCUGGGUGCUACAUGCCAAAAAAGUUUUCAUAGCCACCUCACAGCUGACAUGCACACACAAACCACCCAGACACAUCACACAUACACCACGGCAUACUGACAAAUGCUGAAAUGGGACACCACACAAAUACACAUACACGGGAUGCAGAUCUUCCAUCCUUUCAAUCAACAUUGUGCUCAAAAAACCAGAAUCUUGUUCCUGUUUGUUAGAAAUAGGUUUGCUCUUCUCUCUCUCUCUCUCUCUCUCUCUCUCUCUCUCUCCCCCUACACUUUAAGCCAGGCAUAGGCAAACUCUGCCCUCCAGAUGUUUUGGGACUUCAACUUCCAUCAUCCCUGACCACUGGUCCUGUUAGCUAGGGAUGAUGGGAGUUGUAGUCCCAAAACAUCUGGAGGACAGAGUUUGCCUAUGCCUGCUUUAAGCUGUGAAAACUGAACAUACAGGCUCAAAUGUUAGCAAUAACUUGCAUAAACAUGAGAGCGGCUUGUUCUCUGAACAGAUUGUUGUGGCGCUUUACUAGUAUCCCCAAAUGCUCCAUGUUUGCUGUUUUCCAAAUACUUAGAUUUCCCCUUGAGACCUAACACCAUCAGCUUGCUAAUAUAGAGUUCUCCAGGUAAACUGAAGGCUUUACAGUAUAUGUGUGUUUCCUGAAUUUUUGUGUAUGUAAGAUCAGGGGAAAAACAAUAACAUUGCUGUAAGGGUAUUUCUCUCUAGCAAAUCGUUCCGAUUUCAUAUUUAGUGAAUGUGUGCCUAUUUCUUUUUAGGAAGGCUGUAGAUACAAUGUCAUGCAUGUUGCGGCCAAGGAGAAUCAACCUGGUAUCUGCCGGUUGCUAUUGGACACUUUGGAAAAUCCUGAAUUUAUGCGAUUGAUGUAUCCUGAUGAUGAUGAGAUAAUGUUACAGAAGCGCAUCGGGUACAUUGUUGACCUUUAUCUUAACACACCAGAUAAAGUGGUGAGUUUCAGUGUCUCACUGGUUUCUUUUUCUUUGUGUUGGAUACUGAAGAAUAACACCACUAGCCUGUUACUUUAAGUGAAGAACAUAUGGGGUUGGAUCCAGCCAACCAAUGCAUAUCCACUGGAAAUUAAGCCCUUUUGAGUUAGAGGGGACUUAGGCCCAGGUAAGUGAGGACUGGAUUGCAGCCUAAAGAUAGCUCUGUUAGACUAAUGUGAAAAGUUAGUCAUGACUUAAUUUGUCUCAUUGAGACAAAUAAAGUGCAAGUAAUUUAGUCUAGCUCCAGGCAGACUUAAUUAAAAGCCAGUGCGACUUAAUGCCAUAUUAGCAGUUGGGGCAGCAGUAGCAACCUCCACAUACUGUGACUGUUAUACAUCACUGCCUCCCCCUGCCUUCCUCAGUCACCACUGCCUUUUAAAGCAAUAUUUUUUUAUCUCUUGUUUUUGUAAUUAUUGAUUAUCCCAUGGAGGCCUGUUGUCAGACAAGAUACAGUAAUGUUUUUAGAUAUGUAGUUUUAGAAUUGGGGAGUUACGGGUCUGGUUUGCAACUUAACCCAGCUCAGGUUUGGACGAUACAACAAGCUGCAGUAUGUGGUUUGUUACACCCUGUGCACCCAGGAGCUGGAGAGGACUGAGAUGUGGACAUUUAAGCAGUGGGCCACCAAUGCAUUGCUCAUUUGUAUUAAACUAUAGUUAAACACUAAUUCAUGGGUUCAUGUGAUGGGUGAACACAACCAUAAUCUAUUUUGCAACUUAAAUGAGUUAUUAAAGAGAUUUUUUUUAAAAAAAAUCAACAACCCCAAAAUAGCCUGCUUAAAAAGAAAAGUCAUCUAAAUGGGGCAAGCCUCUGAACGGGGUGGAUCUCAAGAGUUAAUGAAAUUCCAGAAGUCUAGACGGAUAAUAGAGAACACUUUAAUGGUUAAAAUCAAGAAUCGGCACCUUGAAAUUAACCCACAAAUGGGGCAACCAGUGGACUCCUGCAGUAUUGGGGUUAAUAUGUGAUUAUGUGCAUCCCAACUCUUAAUUUAUUAAUACACAUACCUUUCCACAUACCUCAAGUGAGUGUCACAUGGAUCUCGUUCUCCCAUGCAAAUAGAGAGGCUUCUCCAAAUGCACAUAUAUACUUAGAUGAAAACAAGGGUCCAGAAUAGGAAUAAUUGUAUUUCUUCUUUUUAUAGGGAUUUGAUACACCACUACAUUUUGCUUGCAAAUUUGGGAACCCAGAUGUGGUUAGUGUGCUUGCUUCGCAUCCAGAUAUUGUAAAGAACCCAAGGAACAAGUACAACCAAACUCCAGCAGAAGUAAGUUGUCCUUAAAACAUGUUAUGACCACUUUGGUUUUUGUUUAAAUGUGACUGUUCUUUACCUUAGUGCUCUCUGGUAGUUUUCUGCCAUGUAAGUUGGCAAAAGCCUCCCCAAAUUAUUUGUAGCUUGCAGUGGGGUUUUAUUAGUUAAACCUAUAAAUUAUUUCCUGCCAGUUUGAAAGCACGUCAAAGUGCAAGUAGAUAAAUAGGUACCGCUCCGGCGGGAAGGUAAACGGCAUUUCUCUGCACUGCUCUGGUUUGCCAGAAGCGGCUUAGUCAUGCUGGCCACAUAACCUGGAAGCCGUCGCUCCCUCGGCCAAUAAAGCGAGAUGAGUGCCGCAGCCCCAGAGUCGGCCACGACUGGACCUAAUGGUCAGGGGUUCCUUUACCUUUAUAAAUUAUUGGGACAGAAGUGCUGCCUAUUAAACUGUUCCAAAUGGAUAGAUCAGUACAAAAUGUGCAACUACUCUGUUCUUUAACCAAUACCUUGAUGCUUUUUUCUAACAGGUAGUUUGUGAAAGAAGUAAAAAUAAAACUGUGGAUCUGAAAGAGAAAAUCAGGGAAUACUUGAAAGGUUUGUAUUUAAUCUUGGUUGCCUUUAGAGGUUCUGCAGAAGUAAUACCAAAAAAUUGUAUCAUCAUUUAACUUUUUAUUGGAUGAUGCUAGAAGCAAAUGGCAUGUAUUAUUUUAUGUAACUGGGGUGUUAAAUAAAACUUACAUGGUCUCUGAAGUAGAAACAGAAUGAUCCAGUAUCAAGUGAGAAUUUUAUUUUUGAAUUGUAGGGAAAUUGAAACCACCGACCUGGGUAGUAUUUAAGUGUAUGAUAAACAUUCAUAGAAACUUAACACCAUUUUCAAUUAUUUGUAACCUAGGUCAGUGUUAUGUGCCACUCUUCAGAGCAGAAGACAAUGCCUCACAACCUGUGAUUGGACCACCUGUGAUUGGAGCACCUUGGUCACCUGAUCAGACAGAGGAUAGCCCUUAUGCUUCUUUACCCAGAUAUUUUGGCAGCCCCAAAGAUCCUGUGUUGACAGUAAGGGCUUAUGGAGGCCCCAUGAGCCCUUCUAAGGUAAUAGAAACCAAAAAAAUAUUUGGUCUUGUUCUUCCUUUUUGGUGUUACUUCGGGCUAUCAUAAAUCUGGAUUAAAAUGAAAUCAAGUACACCUGUAGAAGUGCAGAAUCAGGUACAUUCUGUAGAACAGUCUACAACAGGGGUCAGCAACCUUUUCCAGCAAGGGGCCGGUCCACUGUCCCUCAGACCAUGUGGUGGGCUGGACUAUAUUUUUUUUUGGGGGGGGGGGGAGAAUGAAUGAAUUCCUGUGCCCCACAAAUAACCCAGAGAUGCAUUUUAAAUAAAAGGACACAUUCUAUUCAUGUAAAAACAUGCUGAUUCCCGGACCGUCUGCGGGCUGGAUUGAGAAGGGGAAUGGGCUGCAUCUGGCCCCCAGGCCUUAGGUUGCCUACCCCUGGUCUACAAGUUUAGGAGCACAGGUGAGGUUAGUGUGCUUACUUCAAACCCAGAUAUUGUAAAGACCUUCCUCACAUGCAAAUUCUUCCCUCCCCCCUCAACCCCCCUCUGUGGGUUUAACAUUUGCUGUGACACUUCUCAAUCUGGGCUAAAUAAAACCAGCCUUGGUGAACUUGAGAACUUGCUGUGAAGAAAGCUGGGAGACUGCUUGAACGAGAGUGGAGGAAAAUUCCUCCUCCAUUGCAUCCUCAUUAUGCCGUCCAGCAGACCUUUUGCCAGGUAGUGCAGGUCCUUUUACAGUGUGGCACUUUUUUUUACUUUAACAUGGGUUAUCUAACAAUUUCACUUUGUGGGGAGGGGGAGUUGAGUGUGUGCAGGUGGUGCCAGUAGCGCAGUCUUGCAGCCCAAGCCAAUCCUAUUAAUUCUGGUUAUGUUAAAAUUGGACUUAGGUUUGUUUGCCAUUACAUAGACCUGAAAGUACAGCAGAACCUUGUUUAUAAAGGACUAAAUUUAUAAAGUGCCACACUGGGUGCUCUUUGCAACUAACAAAAUAAUAGCUCCCUAGAGGUCUCCAUUUUAUCUAUAUAGCCAAGCACCUUAUUGGCUCAGAGGAAUUAAUCGCCCUUCAGUGUCAUAAUCUUAGGCACACAUGCAAAAAUGCCAUACGUAGAAAAUAAUUGCUGUCUUCAGAUGUCAGCUAUGGAAAAGGUAGUUGGAAAGAAUUAGAUAUUUUCAAUUUAUUCAUUCAUUUCAAGCUUUUUGAUAAAUUACUAUUUUAUUUCUUGGGAGGGGGGCAUUUAUGUCCUGCCCUUGUACUGUAAAUAUGCAACUCAGACUUAUAACAUAUAGAACUGAAAUUUCACAAAAACCAAACUCAAGCAAGAGACAAAAAAAGAGGUAUUUGGGGGAAGAGUGCAAUGGCUAUAUUGGUGGGGGGGAAUGGAACAACCCAUUUUAAUGCUCUUAAUUUCUUAGCAUAAGAUAUGCAUGUACUACUUUACAUGGUGUUCAAAACCUCUGAUAACUAGUGUAAGCUGUAGUUUUUAAAAGUCAAUAAAGCUUGCUUUGCUCUUGGUAUUUUGUAUAAUUGAAUAAGAACUCAUUUUGAAUCUAGUUUAAUGAGUAGAAUCUUAUAACAGAGACAGUAACUCUGAUAAUGUGGACACACUGAAGUAAACUGUGUCCUUUGACGAGGUUAUAUGGAUCGUCACUAUUUCGCAAAGCAGUAUAAGAAUAGCUUUAACUUGGUAAAACAAAUAAAGUAGGUGUUAUGCUGCAUUUGUGUAAUUGUUCAGAUAGAGUCAGUUAAAAUGUAGGAAAUAGAAGUUGUGCUUCUGAAAUCCUGUGUUGCUAAAGUAAUGUUUCUUGGGACAUUCUGAUCUUGCAGCUCCUCUAGUGCUAGCACAACCUCUCUCCAAAACUAGGGCAGUGUUGUUGUUGGAAGUUACAUUGUGGGCCUCAUCCAUGCGGCUCAAGGUUAUUUGGUGUUGGGAGCUGUACUAUGCUGAAGGGUUACAACCCUUUCUGCAUCACAAAGGGUUACAUCAGAUGGGCCCCUAAGUUAUUGGAAGUUUGCAUGAAAGCUGGAUGGUUCUGGAUGACUAAAAGAUGCUCAUUUCAGAUUUUUAGGAAGAGAAGAUUAGCAUGCUCUAGAACUACAGUAACUGAAUGCAAUUUUUCCUCCCUUAAAGGCAGAAGAGUUCCACAGACUUUGGAAGACUCCACCUCGAGAGCGAGCAGGAUUUUUUAACAAUCUCAGAAAAUCUGAUGUGGAAAGAGGCGUUGAAAGAGUUGGAAGGUACUUCAGAAUUAAUGCAUGAAACAAUAUAGCAACAGGAAUAAAAGAUAUUUCAAUUGUAUUAAAUAUCAAAACUUGGUAAAAUGCUACGGAUGAGAACAAACUGCAUCUGGAGAGGCUUAGGAAGUUGUUGAGAAAGCUCCCAGCUUCUAUUAAGGUCUAUCUGUGCAUAAGGACAGAGGGAGAAUGGAACUUUGGAGGUGGCAGUGUGUUCUGUUAACUUAAUUGACUGUUUAUUUAUUUUUAAAUUUCUAUACUGCCCUUUAUCUGAGGAUUUGCAAUAUAAAAACAAAACAAAAAACCACAAUAACAAACAAAAUUAAGUUUUACACAAGCUUUUUAAAAAGUCAAUUUUAAAGCAUAUUCUGGCUCUUAAAAUGAAUUUUUAACCACUCUGUGAGGAUCACUUGAUGAUGACUGUCUGCAAAUCUACCUCUAAGAUUUGUCAUCAUCCGUUUUCUGAUUUCCAUGUCGUCUGUCAUUUUGUCUUCUUUGAUUGCACCUCCAUGACAUGUAUCCAUGGCAGCUUUUCAUCUCUCUCACUCCUUAAGGGCCCAGAAUGUUUCAAAAGGCAAAAAUUCCCAAUCAUUUUGUUUUGUAACUAAAAUGUCCAACCUUUGCUAAAACUCUUAGCCCAUGCUCUGAUCACAGCAUCCAGGAUUGUGAACACUCUCUGCUUAAAUUGAAAUAGCAUCCCAACAAAAGCUGACUUCUGCAACCAUAUGAAAAAGAUCUUGAUAUUCUAAGAAUGUUGAAUUCUGCACUGUUAUUUUUAUCCUUUCUGGUCUUGCUCAUUCAAUACACAGCCUACUUUAUUAAAACCUCUUCCUCAUUGGCUUAUUCUGACUUCAGUGCAGAAGUCACUUAGCAACUUUGGCUCAUUCCCUAUCUUAUUCUCCUUCCCCCUCUUCCUUCACUUGCAUGCUUAUGUAUUUUGCCAUGUUGGAACCUCCUCUACUUGUCAGGCAAUCCCCAUUUUUCCUGCACCCUGCCUUUCCCCAACCAUUUCUUCUACACGUUUUCACUUUUCCUACCACCUGGCCUUAUUUGUAUCAUCUGUGUUUUGUAAGUGCCAAAUAAAUACAUUGCAGAAACAGGAGCAAUGCUAGUAGACUUAGCAAUGCAGUGCAUUCAUCUAUAUCUGCUCUGUUUUUGGAAAGCUUCUGUCUCUUUAUUUCUCAUAGAAUGCUUAUUUUGUGUUAAGAGUAUUUUAUGUGCCUUUAAAGGUUUCAUUCAGUAAUAGAAUUUCUGUUGAGAUUGCUCAUAUGCUUUGACAGUAGAAAGCAAGAUGGGAUGGAAAUUAUUCUGAAUUGUUUUUUGAAAAUGCAGGAAUUAUAACAAUUAAAAAGAAUUUGGUGAAGGCUUAUGGUCAUGCUUGGUGCAGAAUUCACUUGUUAAAAUGAUUUUUACAGUUGAUGUACAGUUUGGGGCUGGCUAAUUAAACAUGUGUUUUACUAAACUUGUCAAAUUAAUUUUAUGUCUUCACAAAUGAUUCGUUCUAUCUUGUUUAUUGCAGGGAGUUAGCUCAUGAACUAGGGUUCCCGUGGGUUGAAUACUGGGAAUUUCUGGGCUGUUUUGUUGAUCUGUCUUCCCAGGAGGGGUUACAAAGGCUAGAAGCAUACCUGAGUCAACGGGAAAUGAGCUAUAAGGCUCAGCAAGAAAAAGGGGAGAAUGAAACCCACAACAGAUACAAAACCCCACAGCUUUCUGGUAAGAGCAAAGCAUAUCUUAGUAGCUGAAGGUUAGAAAAUGUUUGAUUACUGAAUAGAUCAUUUUUCAGACGUUCCAAAAUAAGUCUAAUAAAAAUUUCUCAAGUUUUGAGAUUUACCAGUGUUAGAUUAGUCGCUUAGCACAGGACACUUUAGAAGUCUAAGUUAGAGCAGUAUAAGUUUCUUGGGCCUUUGGACAAGGCAUUCUGUGGGGCUCCCUCUCAGAGUCUCUGGGGCUCCUGUUAAUGGGACCCCUGCUGGGAUGUGAACUCUAGGCAAAUGCCUAUUCAUGCCAAUCCUUGAGGCCGGUAUUGAACUGGAAGGUCGCUGCUUGUUAGUAUAUUUGGGAAUAAUAAAAAUGCAGAAAUUAUGAUGUCGGGUUCUUGGGGAUGGGCCUAAGAAUUAAAAAAUCACUUUCAUGUUGCUGGGACUUUCAGAACAUGCCUUCCAUGCUGCAAAUUGAACUCCGUAGCCUUACUGGCAUUCCCCAAUGUUACACUUGGAGCAAUCAGGUCAAAGUGACAGUUGCCCACAGUUGUAUCAAACUGUUUUAUAGUAGAGGUCCUGAACAAAUUAAUAGAUUGUAUUCUAAACAGUGUAAAUAAUAUUUCUUUUGAAGACUUCAGUCUCUCUUAUAAAAUCUCCUCCCCAGCUGUGAAUUGGGUUUUGUUUGUAAGCUUAAGGGGGGAAACUUCCAAGUUUUAUGAAGGCAAGGGCUUGUAGAUGGAUUCUUUGGGUUUAUGCCAUCUGCAACAAGAAUGAGACACAGGAAUCGCUGUAGCUGUGUAGAUGGCAAAAUACUGGUGUUGAGUUCAGUCUCUCCCCAUACCAGCCCAAUAAAGUGGGGUAACUGCUACCCAGAAAACUGUCAAACUGGAUGAGGAAUAUCAGUGUCCUGAGCAAAGGGGUUAAGCAACAGAGUUGAAGAGAGACAAGCAGAAAAUGCACCCCUGUGUUGUCCUAGAUGCCUAUUUUGCCACCACUCAACCAGCUGUACAUUCUGUAGAUGGAGGUGGGACAUGUGCUUGUUGGAUGGAAUACUUAAUGUAAUUGGCAAUAUCUAGUCAGUCAUACGCAAGAGUAGUCAUUGAAAUUAAUGGGCAUCACCCUUUAAGUCCAUUAAUUUCAGAGGGUCUGCUCUUAGUCAGAUAUGACUUAGUUAGAUAUCACUCAAUGGGUAUAAGGGUUGACUGAGCAUUACCAGAUUCUGGCUAGAAAUGUUUCCCCAAAACUUUUCCAAUCUGUGCAGGUAUAGCCCAGCUCCCUCAUCCCUAGGUAGUUUUCUCAGACCUGCUCUAAGGAGCUGCUCCAGGCUUUGAACAGAUACUUGUACCAAGCUUCCUCAAUUAGGUUUUCACAUCAUCUGGCUACUGCUUGAUUGCAAGCUGUCUUCCAUGCCCCUUUAGCCAAGGUUACAUCAGUCCAGGCAUUAUUUUGGUUGGGGAUUUCAAGUCAGCAGCCCUUAUCUUUCAGGGAGCAGUAUAUGACAGGUAAAGGGUAGUGGUGCCCCAUCUUGCAUUCCCAGUUGUGGUAUAGAGUGGGGGUAACUAAAAUGAAACCAAGACAUGUGAGCCAGUAGUUGGAAAUCUCCAAUUUCCAGUACUGAUGAGAGAAUGCUAUUUGUAUUUCAGUGCUGGGUCGGGUAACAUUGUUUGUUUGAAUCUGACUGAGUCCCUUGAAACAAAGUGGAAUAUAGAACGUUUGUUAUUAAAAAGUGACUAGUCAGGCGGAUGAGAUGUCACACACCAAAAUUCUUUUAUUUUGUUUUAAAGGCAAAAGUAAAAAAAGCUGCAAUUCUAUUUCUGUUGGGGCAUUUCUUGAUGAUGAUGAUAUGAGUUUGGAAGAAGUAAAGAACAGGCAGAAUGCUGCCAGAAAUUGCAGCCGAACUGUUGCAUCCAAUGAACCAACCAUCACUGACAUCAGAAGCUCAGAGUGUGACAUCUUGUCCAUUGAGAGGACUGAAAGCAUAAUGCCUACAGCAGAAACUUCUGAUAGGCACUCGGAGAAAGGAGUUCCUGCCAGUAAAAAUGGAUUUUGUAGCCCUGUGAACAGCGAUAGGACAGUAAAUCCUCAUAGGAGGCACCCAAGUCGAGGAGAAGAGUGCCUUCCGUCUCCGGUCUCCAAUUUAAUGGAAGAAUUUGAUAAGCUGUCUUGUCAGGAUCAGAUGGUGGCAGGAGAAUGUUCACCAGAGAAGCCAAGCCAGGCUGCCACAAAAAGUGUGUGUGAGAGUGCUCAGAUGGAAAAUACAAGGCAGCUUAGAAAACCUAAGGACCAUCUCACUAAGACUUAUUCACCGCUUCUCAAGGCAGGUGCAGCUGCUGAGGAUACAAAAAUAAGGACAGAAGAAAAAACACCACUAGAAGUGGGGAGGCUGUCAGCAGAAACUGAUGUCCGGGAAGGGGAGACAAAACAGUCUUGCAAUUCUGAAUUGCAGUCUGAGAUGUCCUCGCAAUGUCUCCUAAAAGUCUCAUCCUCAAACGAAAAAGCCAAGCAGCUGUUUCUCUUAGGGUAUGAAAUGGACUGUUGCUUAACAAACUGACCUCUUGUCUUGUGGGGCAAUAAUCAUUGGGGAUUGUGGCACUGCCAGAUUCUGUUUUCCUAAUCUAGCUCCCUUUCUGUCUCUAGGGAACAGCCAACAAAGCUGGACAAUGAUGUGUUAACAGCAUUACAUGGGUUAGAGAUGGAUCCACAAAAAUACCCUGCUAUUUACAAGUGGAGUGUGUCCGUUCAGUCCUACUCUCCUUCUGACCGGCAAAGGUAUACUUGGUUUCAAUAAAAGUUAGCUGAUGUGCUUGCUAAAAGAACUAAACCCGGUCUGUGUGGUACGGCUUAUAGGUUUACAGUGUGGCAUGGCAUAAUGCUUGCUAAUGUACUGAUUGGCCGGUAUGUUUCCCACCUUUCCCCAGUAGCUAGUUCUUACUGGCAGGGUAGAAAAUUCGCUCUGCCUUCUCUCCUCAGCUUGAAACAUGAGCUGGAGGCACCGGGCCUUCUUCAGUACCUGACAGGCAGUUGGCAAUCCUGUCAUGGGCAAAUACAAGCAGAAGUGUUUACUUCCAGUUUGGAGAUGGGACAGAGGAAAGCACAGGGUCAAGUCAAAACUCCGCAGCUACUUUUAAGGGUUCACAGUUCCAAAACUCUCACCAGAACCUGGCUAGGGGAGCAAGUGUCAAGUCUUGCAUAAUACUAAGAACUACAGUGGUACCUCUGGAUGCGAAUGGGAUCUGUUCCGGAGCCCCAUUCACAUCCUGAAGCAAACACAACCUGCAUCUGCGUGUCUGCGGGUCGCAAUUCACCGCUCCCACACAUGCGCGUGACGUCAUUUUGAGCGCCUGUGCGAGCGGUGAAACCCAGAAGUAAUGCGCUCUGUUACUUCCGGGUCACUACGGAGUGCAACCCGAAAAUAUUCAUCCCGAAGCUACUUCAGCCCAAGGUAUGACUGUAAUUAACUAAACUGUUCUACAGUGGUACCUUGGGUUACAGAUGCUUCAUGUUACAGACUCCGCUAACCCAGAAAUAGUACCUCGGGUUAAGAACUUUGCUUCAGGAUGAGAACAGAAAUUGCGCGGCAGUGGCAGUGGGAGGCCCCCUUAGCUAAAGUGGAACCUCAGGUUAAGAACAGUUUCAGGUUAAGAACGGACCUCCGGAACAAGUUAAGUUCUUAACCCGAGGUACCACUGUAUUUGGGUGCUCAAAGCAUAACCACCUGGACAAGAUCUUUCUUAGAAGACAACAGCCAAUUUACUUACAAAUGAUAUUCAGUGAUAAAUGCUCGCAUUUAAAUAUAAUGUCUCAACUAUAUGUGGGUAUUAAUAUUGAUAUCUAGAGUAAAGGUUCUCACAGCAAUUCAACUUCUCCGCCUUGUUACAUUUUCCUGAUAUAUAAAAAGUGUUGUCUUUUCUUCCAGCUGGUCAACUCCAUCACUAAAAGGAAGAUUCAAGUCUCAAACAGCUUCAAGCCCUUCAAGUGGUCUGGCAUGCUGUAGCCCAGGAAAGAGCAGUCCAGUAUUUGGUAGUCCUGGGAAGUACAAUGUAGCUGCUGCCAGCUUCUCACCCGAUUCUGGGAGCCCUGGAUGGUACAGCCCAGCAUAUGUGAACUACGUUAUGUUAUCUAAGCGCCAUCACUUCUAA